UUACACCGCCCUCCAGUGGUGAUAGUGUCCUACACCAUUGCAAUGCAGCCCUGUAGGUGGACACGUUGCGAAACAUGCACGCGGAAACUUGCGUGCCCACGUCUCCGGGAUCCAGGGCAGGCUGUCGAUCUCCAACAUGGCGGCGUUAGCAGCUAAGAAGAAGGGGAAUAAGAAGGUGAAGACCCUAUCUCUGACUGACUUCCUUGCUGAUGACAAGGGGGGCAAUGCUCCCACAAGUUACGCUCCCACCAAGCCCGCUAGCAGCUGGGCAGACGAGACCGAUGACCUGGAAACAGAGGUGUCCACCUCCUGGCAUACAGAGGAGGAUAUGUACAGGGCCCCGGCCAUCGACCGCUCCAUCCUGCCCACAGCGCCCCGUUCAGCCCGGGAGCCAAACGUUGACCGCUCCCGUAUCCCACGUGGUCCCCCUUACACCGCCUUCCUGGGCAACUUGCCCUACGACGUCACUGAGGACUCAAUCAAGGACUUCUUCAGGGGUGUGGGGAUCAGUGCAGUGCGUCUUCCUAGAGAGCCCAGUAACCCAGAGAGGCUGAAGGGUUUUGGCUAUGCUGAGUUUGACGAUGUGGAAUCCCUCCUGAGUGCCUUGAGUCUAAACGAAGAGAACUUGGGAAAUAGAAGAAUCCGUGUGGACAUUGCAGACCAGUCUAAUGACAAAGGGAGGGAUAAUCACUCCAUGGGUGGCCGGGACAGGGACCGGGGGGGAGACUUUGGCCCAGACAAGACAGACUGUGAUGACUGGAGGGCUCCUCGGCCCAGUGGAGGAGAGAGUGACGACGGGCCGCCUCGGAGAGACGACGCCUUUGGAGACCGGUCACGGGACCGCUACGAGUCAGACAGGCCCAGAGGAGAUGAUCGCUACGGAGGGGGCCAGGACAGGUUCAGGGAUCGCUAUGAUGACCGGGAUCGCAGAGAUGACAGAGGAGGUGGUUUUGGUGGUGGUGGUCGCAGGGCAUUUGGCACUGGUUACAGGCGCGAUGAGGGAGGACAGGAUAGCUACCGGCAGGAUAGCUACCGGUCGGAUAGCUACCGACGGGAUGACUACCGGGUUAGUGGGGAUCGUUAUGGUGAUCGUGGUAGUGAUCGAUACGAGAGACGGGAGGAAAGCCGGGAUGACAGAGGUGCUGUCGAGAGGCCCAAGUUGAUCCUGAAGCCCCGUAGCGUACCCAAAGAGGUGGAGCAGAGCAACACCCCGUUUGCCCCCUCAGGCAGGGCUGCCUCCAUUUUCGGCGGGGCUAAGCCAGUGGACACGGCCGCCAAGGAGAGAGAGGUCGAGGAGAGGCUGAAGAGGGAACAGGAGAAACUGCAGCGACAGCUAGAGGACAGGAUCCCAGACCGCAAGCCCAGAGAGAGGCACCCCAGCUGGCGCAGUGAGGACCAACCUGCAGAACGCUCUAGGACGGGCAGCGAGUCUUCCCAACCAGGCAGCCAGUCUGGCAGAGUCUCCAAGCGCAGGGAGAGCGAGCGCUCGGUGGACAGUGGUCGUGAAGAGGAGCCCUCCUCCCCUGUGACCCUGCCCCCUCCCAGACUGGACGGGCAGCCCCUGAAGGUGGUGUUUGCCCCGCCCCCCAAGGAGAACGCCUGGGCCAAGAGGACAACGCCAGUUGGGGGCUCCAGUGAGGGCUCGGCUGGGCAACCUGUCGCCCCCAGCAGUGAAACAGCCCCACAGCUCACCAGCUCCUCAAGCUUAGCUGAUGAGGCAAAUAAAAAAGAGGUGGAGCUCGGCGAAUAAGUACAGUAUGCAGCCUUGCUAUAAUGGAUGCAGACCCACAUGACAAUAUGGAGGACAAUGCAGACAAGAGGUGGAAUGAAAGAAGUGAAGAUGUUUGAUGCCAAAAGAGUGAGAUCUCUGCUCUGCACCACAACCUGGCUGGAGCAGCACUACAGCUCCCUUCCUGCUAACCUGCUUCAAUAGAAACCCACCCCACAGUGCUGACUGGCUGCACCAUCAGGACUGUACCUAAACAUAGAGAAAUAAUGACUGGUUUUAAGUAAAAAGAGACUGGAGGUUGAAGUUUUAAUCAUUAUAACAAUUUUGAAAGGUGGGGUUGAGAAAACAUGUAUUGCUACGGGCGUCGUCGCCACCCACCACCAGUCUAAAUGCUGGACUAUGUAAGCUGUCUGAGCUCUGUAAGCCUGGUUAUGCUAAUGAUGGAGCGCCUGUGUCCAAGAGGUACAGACAAGAGUUUUAAUAAAAGAAAACAGACAGUCUCCUUAUUUUAGGGGGCUUUGCUGACAUACCUUAACUACUUUUUGACUAUGGGGGAAGCAAUGUUUGUGUUCCUCUAAAUCAUGAUUAGCAGUCAUUUCGCUGCUUCUUUCCAGGGUCUUUCCGUCAAUGGCUUCCUGCUUCCUUCACAGAAAGGAACCGCUUCCUUGUCUCAUCCGGACCUGCCUGGAGGUCAAUGCCAAGGCAACCAUGUCAUGGAAAAUCAUACGAGCUGUGUGAUAAAUGUUUUGGAGGCAUUCUCUUCACUCACUCUUAUCCAUGUGACAAGUGUUGACUGGCAUUUUAAUGCAGAGGAUGUUUCAGCAUUGUGUCGUAUGUAACCCCACUAUCACAUGUAACUGAAUGAGAUCUCAUUAAAUGUUUCUGGAUGUU